AAUACAUUUUUGAUUGAGUCUAGAAGAAGAGCGUUCGUGCUUGAGUGAGGAGUAUCAGUUUUUUUUAACUUAAAUAUCUGCACGGAUAAUAAUCAUGAGAAGUUUAGUGACUUUGACAGUAGUGCUUACGUUAAUACAGUUCUCAUGGGGUGCCAGAGGACCCAUUCAGGAAGCUAUACAAAGUGGCGCGGCUGCAGAUUACAAUAAGGACGAUUGUAUCUGGCGUCGAGGAAACGACAGAGAUGCUUGUCCGGAUCCUGACAUUCAUAUAUUUCUCUACAGUCCAGGACACCCAAAGCGUAAGCUGGAUGUGCACGAAUCUGAUUGGUUACGACAUGCAGAGUAUGAUCCAAGGAGUGAGAACAUUAUAUUAAUCCAUGGCUAUGCUGGAGGUGACGAUACUCUACCCAUAUCCGUUCUGAGGGAUGCGUAUAUUAGGAAUGGAAGCUACAACGUCUUCAUGGUGGAUUGGGGUGCACUUUGUGCAGCACCUUGUUACCCUGCAGCCGUUGCAAAUCUCCGUCCUGUUGCCAAAUGUCUUGCUGGGACACUUACCACUCUGAGGAACUUGGGAUUGUCCAUUCCCAGGACUACCUGCGUGGGACAUUCUUUAGGUGCUCAUAUAUGUGGAAUAAUGGCAAAUUAUUUACUGUUUCGUAUGAACAGAAUUAUAGGUCUGGAUCCAGCCAGACCACUUAUCAGGCCAGGAUUGUUGAAUAGAUUGGACAGUGGGGAUGCAGAUUUUGUUGAAGUUAUCCAUACGAAUGCUGGAUAUUAUGGUGAAAUGGGCGGAGUGGGUCAUGUGGAUUUUUGCGUUAAUGGCGGCAAGGUUCAACCCUUCUGUGAAAACCGAUCUAAUUCCCAACUUUGCAGUCAUGUCUGGGUUGUGUGCUUCAUGGCGCAUAGUAUCGAUGGCGGGAACGAUAUGAUGGCCGAACCAUGCUCUAGGAGAUGUCCUUCAGGACCUAGGAUAUCUUCAAGGGCUGGAGAGGUAUUGAUAAUGGGACAGCAUACUCCAAAUGGCGCCAGAGGAUCCUUCUGUCUGACUAGUUACGAUCCUCCUUAUUGUCCGAAAUAUUUAAAAAAUCGAGGAGACAAAAGAUGCUGUGUUUAAGUAUUAUUUGAAGACAGAUAUCAGGGUUAAAGUUACACUUACUAAAGAUAUGUCCUUUAAUCGGUGUAUCUAUAAAUCUUAAAUUAAACAUAUAUAUAUACAGUUUGUUUCAGUUAACGUAAUCACAUGUAUAGACAUGAUAUAUAUUACAUGCUGUAACAGAGUGUAACUGAUGUGCCAAGAGAGAGUAAUAAAGUUCAAUUUUGUUUGUAACAAAAAA